UGAAUCAGUAUCGCCUCAGUGACCGUUCAAACGGAUAGUGUAUACUUUAUUCAUGUGAUUGCGUUCUUCUUAGGAUAUAAAAUCUGUUCUAAAAGUCAAUAUAUAUAGACUAAUAAAAGUAAAAUCGUUAAAUAAUCUAAAAAUAAUUAAAUUUAACUGAAAUAAAUAAACAAAUAAAUAAAUGAAUAAUCUAAUUAUGGAUAAUUUGGGUCACAAUUUUUCGAGUUCAAUGUGGUUCAAUUCAAAUUUAUUUAUUACAAAUGGAGUUCCUUUUAAAUUUUAUUUAGAUGGAUACGAUCUUCAUGAGUUCACCGCUAUAGUCAAGAUCAUUGAGGUUAAUUUUUCAUACGAAGAUGCUUAUGGAGGGAAAUUAUCGGAGCCUGAUGGUCCGGAUACAAUUGUUUUUUGCGAAGCAGGAGGUCCUCUCAGCACUGAGAAAUAUGAAUACUAUGAUAUUAAAUAUUUUCAUGACAGCAUCGUUGGGCUCCAGCCCCUCGAGUUGAUGGAUUACAAACUUUGGGAGAGCACAAAUCAACGACUGGAAAAUCCGAGAGAUGAAUCAAUCAAAUCAUUUGGAAAUGAGGAAAAUAAAUUUGAUCCAUCCACAAAAAUUGACACAUCACUUCGAAUAUUGGAAUUCCAGAAUGGAUUGGAAGAUGGUGAGAAUUCUUCUAAUGAUCCAGCCUCGAGUACUUGCACAAAAAAAUGUUUUGUAAAGCUUGAGCGUUUCGAAAUUUGUGAUGAAGAGGAUCAUCAUUCAGCUGAAGUUCAAGAAGAUCAGUAUGAAAGUCUUGUCGAAGAGGAUGAACUGUCAGAUGACUCAGGUGUUUCUCAAACCAGCGACGACAGUAAUCAUUCACAAGCCGGUGAUGACAUGAUCCUAUCAAAUCGUAGUCAUUCAUCGACAAGACAAGUCACCGAUAGAUCAAGAAAACGAAGCGAUAGUGCACCUGGGCUCAGAAACCAGAGAAGGAGAAAUCUAAUAGAGAAUAAGUUAUCUACACCGAAAAAUACAGCCUGGACAUUCGCAGAGCAACAAGCGUUAAUUCAAUAUCUUAUUGAUAACGACAUCAUGCAUCGGGGAAAUUCUCGUAAAACGUGGAUGGAGUAUAUAGACAAAUGUGGGCCAUUGAAUCCUCCUAGAACAGCAGAGAGCCUUCGUUGUCGUUACCGACAUCAUCUUGCUCACGACUACGCAAAAUAUAUCGAUGACCCCGAAGUAUUGAGGAAGUUCGAAGCAAUUGAAGAGAAAUGGCACAGCAACUACAACAAACAGAAAGGAAUCGCCUGGACCGAUGCUGAGGAUCAAACUCUCAUCCAAUAUCUUAUUGAUAAAGAUGCCAUUUCCCAAGCAAACACUACCAAAGUCUGGGUUAGAUGUCUUGAAGCUUGCAAGCCAUUGCUCCAUCCAAGCAGAACAGCAACUGCGCUAUUAACUCGAUUCAGAUAUAAGCUUCAGAAGACUUACCCAAGAUUUACCAAUGAUCCUGCCGCACUAAUGAAGUUCAAGCAAUUAGAAACUCGUCGAACUAUUUCGAGUAAAAACUACUGGACAGAUGAAGAAAAUAAGAUGUUGAUACAGUUUAUUAUUGAAAAAAAUGCUGCUUAUGAAGCAAGACUUUAUACAUUUUGGAAAGAUCAUUUAGCAGAACUUCAGUCAACUUAUUGCAUAAACAGGACAGCAAACGCUUUACGUUAUCAGUAUUAUAAGGAACUUCGUUACAAUUACGAAAAAUAUACCGAUGAUCCAGAGGCACGUCGCCAGUUCAAGGAGGUCUUAUCGCGAAUCCGGCCGAAUACAUCCACCACGAAUGAUUAAAAUUAGUCAAAUGUCAAUAGCAGUGGAAUACUCUAGUUAUCUCUACUUGCCAAAAUACGCAAUCACCUUGACGAUAAAUAAUUCUUUAAAGAAAACUCAAGAGAUGCUUCCAGAGUUUGAGAACUUAUAAAACGGUAGAUGUUGUUUUGACAUUAUUCAUUCAACAAAUUGACAAAUAGUCAUGGUAUAUAUGAUAUGAUAAUCAGUGAAUUGCAGAAAAAUCCUGAAAUCAAAAAUCUUGACCAGGAGGGACUGAAAAAAUCUGAGAGAUCUCUUAUGUCCAAAAAGUAUCAAAAGGUUCAAAAGAAAUUACUAAACUGAAUAACCACUUUGUUUAAAUAUAUCCUGAAAUUAAUUGUUUUUUUUUAGAACACCUACAUCUGACUUUAACUCAGAAUUCAUAAUAUUUUCACUCCAGAAAUUCGUUUAAUACAAUUUUUUUAUUUACUCAUGACAGAUUAUAGAAUUAUUGUGCAAUUUUCAGUUCGUGAAGAAAAUCGAUCAAGUGAAUAGAUGAAUUAUUAAAUCAUUAUCCUAUGUUUCCCAAUCAAUAAUGUCACUAAAUUAUUACCAAUAUUUACACAGUCUUAUUUUGGGAUAUCAGAUAAGACAGGGAUGAGAAGUUCAUGCAAUGAUUCUCAUUUCACAUCUAUAUGAUUUAAAGCAUUCAUAAGUAAAUGAAAGAGUUGAUGAAAAAAUUUACGACUAGUGGAGUUUAUUUAUAAUAUUUAUACGAUUGGA